CUCUCACGUACUCACUCUAGCAUAUUGGCUAAAGGCCCUAGGAACCCCUUUGCGUUUAAUGAAACUAAAUAUGGAGCCUCACUCUCUGCUUCUGACGACGGGAUGCCUUCAAAUCUGCUCACAAGCCUUCUGCUCUGGCUUUUUCCACAUCGCCUUUGCUGCCUGCCCCCCUCCAUGGCAAAGACGAUCUCAGAUCUACGACAAUGCCUCCCUAUACACCGCACCUAUCUCAGGUUCCACAUGUACUAUUAUGCCUCUAAUAGUUGGGUGAUAUCGAUCUUUUGUUGUACAGCCAAGAGUAGAAUUGGAUUUGUAUCCAAUGUGGUUUCCUUUUGAUUGCCAUUGGUGGCGCCCCAGAGGUCAGCGAGGUGUGCAACUUCCUUCGCAAUGAAUGGCUGGGCUCAACAAUGGUAUUUUCCCAUUAUAUUUGCCCUUCUCAGGCAUCAGAUGGCAUGUACCUUUUCUUUUCUUUAUUAUGCUAUACAUGAUACCAUGAGAAGUUAUCUGCAUCCUCUUUUAUCUGGUUUUUAUUGUCAUAUUUUAGGCAAGUGACUCGGAGCCCAGAGACCAAUCCUAGCAUCGGAUAUCCCUUCAUGAAUAAUGGCUUCCGCGAUGCUUUGAAUGAUAUCGCUUGAAACAUCUCAUAUCGUCUCAUCGUGGUGAGGUUUUGCGGAUUCCUCGUCGGUUUCUUUUCUUCUUUUUAACGGCGUAUGGACUCAACCUCAGAUCGCUACCCUUUUGACUACUUAUUACCUCCUGUUUUGGUUUCUGGAUCUCGCGAUCCAACAUCUGUGCACGUUUUAUUCUAUUCUGUUUGCGCCUCUUUGACCAUAUCUACAAUCCAGGGCAUGGGGAUCGGGACUUUUUUGGAACCAUUGGUGGUUAUUACACUGCUUGUGGGGGGAACAUGGAUCAACCGAUCAUCUGAGAUAUCCCGUCCAUUUACCCACGAUACAACAAGGCCUAGUUCGGUUACAAGUGAUGAAUUCACGGAUAAAACAGUUGGCAGCGUUGAGGAUGGGUUAUCAACGACUACCAGUACACACGAUGGAUCGAUGUCAACCCACUUGUACUGUUCCUUAUCUCCAUCUUUGCUUCUAGAGCAAGAACCGCCAUGGAGAACUCGCCAGAUUUGGUUGUGGUCAUGGAAGAGAGAGGUUAUGACGCCAAAUACAGCUAAAUAUCGGAAUCGAUGUUUCAGCAGAUUUCUUCGGAGAUUCCCGUUUUUAGUGGAAUGUUGGUACUGGACAUUGGUGUAUUGGACAUAUCAACUUGCGCGAGCCUUCACCGCGGUCACUCUUCAAGAUGCAACAGUGGACAUCGCACGAAAGCAUGCAUUACAACUCAUAAAGCUAGAGGAAAGUCUCCACAUAUUCUGGGAGCUACAUAUACAACAUUAUUUCCUCCACCACCCGAUACUACUGACUUGUACUAAUUGGCUCUACUCUUUUAUUCAUAUACCUGGAACGAUUGCUUUCCUUGUUUGGCUUUACUACUGCAGCAUCACGAGAAAUCGACCUGCAGACCGUUAUUCCAUGAAGCUCGAGGGUUAUCAAAGCAAUGUCCUUACAGGUUCAGAGCUCUAUCAAGCUCGCAGGCGGACUCUAGCAUUUUGUAACCUGCUUGCAUUUGUGGUAUUCACGCUGUGGCCGUGCAUGCCACCUCGGCUUCUUAGCGAUCGAUCAGUCACUGGGUUGGUUGGUGAGUUUUCAAGGAGCUAUGGAUUUGUUGAUACAGUUCACGGGGUUGGUGGUGCAAGCAGUGUUUGGACGCAGAACAAAUUUUGUAAUCAAUUUGCCGCCAUGCCAUCUCUACAUUUUGGAUAUUCGCUGAUGAUCGGAAUCACUAUAACAACCAUUCCGCUUCCUUCUGAGCACACUCGAUCCCGAGCCUUACUACCACAUUUUCUCAACUUUUCUCUCCCUGGCCUCGCCUCCAAAAUCCGCCCCCUAGCUUGGGAGCGCAUCGUAGCUAUUGUUGUCGGGAUUACGUACCCGUUUACCAUUCUCGUUGCGAUAGUGGCAACCGCUAACCAUUUCAUUCUCGAUGCGUUUGCCGGCGCGAUUAUCUGCGGGUUAGCAUGGUGGGGAAAUUCUGUCCUUUUAAACCUCCUUCCGUUGGAGGAUUAUCUUUUUUGGAUAUUGAAGAUUCACAAGCCGGAGCAAGGGUCUCACUGUCUACGCCCUUCGCUAGUUUUUGAUGAUUGUGAUGGAGACCACGUCAAAGAUGCUAUGAAUUACUAAAUUACGCACAAGUCCCUUUUUUGACUUUUUCAUUACGCUUUUUUGUUUUUAUUGGUUAUUCGCUCAUUGGUUAUUAUAUCCAUGCGACUAGAUAUACCAUUCGCCGCCUGUGGAUGUUUCACUCUUGUUAUUUUUGUCAGGUUCAGCAGAUUUCCUGGUGGGUGAGAAUUUGUUGGUUAGGACCUGAUACUGUAUCAUUAUCAGAAGCCCCAACAGCAACUUCUCCCCAUGUUAAUGUUGUCAUCUGAAAAUCCGAGCAUGCUGCCCUGUUUCUGUGAUUCUUUUUCUGUAUGCCUGGCUGAUGUAUAGUAUUUCUUGUUAGUCCUAGGAUAUGAUGCCACCCUUUUCAUUGUUCUUCUCUCAAUUGACGUGUUUGCUCCACUGUCUGGAAACGAAAUGACUGCCACAGAGCACCGCUUGUUCUAUACAGGUUUGGUUAUCUUUUAAUCAUGUCAGCUAGGUGCGUGAUGCGCACAGUUCAGGGAUUUCUUGUGUGUCUUGGAAAAAGAAGGGGGAAAAAAACUUCAAAACCUAAAAAGUUCAAC